CGCGGGGAGGGGGCGGAGAGCCGGAGCCGGGGUGGGGUGGGGGGGGAGGGGCCGCAGGAACGGAUGGCGGCCUGGGACCCCUAACAGCGGCGGCUUCUACGGCCCGGGGCCCCCGGGCGGGCGGAGGUGGCGGCUCCCGGGACCGGCCGCGCGCAAUGAUGUUGUCCGCUGGGCAUGUACUGACCAAGGUGGCAGGUCUGAGAACAUAGCUGAAGCUGAAAAUAGGAAAGCUGGGGGCAAGGAAGAGCCUUGAAUCUUGAGGUGGGACGUUGACUCUAAGAUGUCCUUGAGCAGUGGAGCCUCCGGAGGGAAAGGAGUGGAUGCAAACCCGGUUGAGACAUACGACAGUGGGGAUGAAUGGGACAUUGGAGUAGGGAAUCUCAUCAUUGACCUGGACGCCGAUCUGGAAAAGGACCAGCAGAAACUGGAAAUGUCAGGCUCAAAGGAGGUGGGGAUACCGGCUCCCAAUGCUGUGGCCACACUACCAGACAACAUCAAGUUUGUGACCCCAGUGCCAGGUCCUCAAGGGAAGGAAGGCAAAUCAAAAUCCAAAAGGAAUAAGAGUGGCAAAGACACUAGCAAACCCACUCCAGGGACUUCCUUGUUCACUCCAAGUGAGGGGACAGCUAGCAAGAAAGAGGUGCAGGGACGCUCAGGAGAUGGUGCCAAUGCAGGAGGCCUGGUUGCUACUAUUGCUCCCAAGGGUGCAGAGAAGGCGGCUAAGACAUCCCGCAGUGUAGCCGGCUCCAAAAAGGAAAAAGAGAACAGCUCUUCUAAGAGCAAGAAGGAGAGAAGCGAAGGCGUGGGGACUUGUUCAGAAAAGGAUUCUGGGGUCCUCCAGCCAGUUUCUUUGGGAGGACGGGGUGGUCAGUAUGAUGCAAGUGCAGGGGUGGACACAGGAGCUGUGGAGCCUCUUGGGAGUAUAGCUAUUGAGCCUGGAGCAGCGCUCAAUCCUUUGGGAGCUAAACCGGAGCAAGAGGAAGGGGAGAAUGAGUGUCGCCCGCUAAAGAAAGUCAAGUCUGAAAAGAUGGAGUCCCCUGUCUCCACGCCAGCGGUGCUACCACUGCACCUUUUGGUGCCAGUAGUCAAUAAUGACAUCUCAUCCCCCUGUGAGCAGAUCAUGGUUCGAACCCGAUCAGUCGGGGUCAACACAUGUGACGUGGCUCUAGCCACAGAGCCUGAGUGCUUGGGCCCCUGUGAACCUGGAACCAGCGUCAACCUUGAAGGCAUUGUGUGGCAGGAAACAGAAGAUGGAAUGUUGGUGGUCAACGUGACGUGGAGAAAUAAGACGUAUGUAGGCACACUUCUUGACUGCACACGGCAUGAUUGGGCGCCCCCAAGGUUCUGUGACUCCCCCACCAGUGACUUAGAAAUGCGCAAUGGGCGAGGAAGAGGCAAACGUAUGCGUCCCAACAGUAACACACCUGUCAACGAGGCCACCACAGCCACCGACAGCAAAGGGACCAGCAGCAGCAGCAAAACCCGAGCAGGCGCCAAUAGCAAGGGCCGUCGGGGCAGCCAAAACUCUUCAGAGCAUCGCCCACCCGCCAGCAACACCUCUGAAGACGUCAAGGCCAGCCCUUCCUCAGCUAAUAAGCGGAAGAAUAAACCCCUUUCUGACAUGGAGCUGAAUUCCAGCUCAGAGGACUCCAAAGGGAGCAAGCGUGUCCGCACAAAUUCCAUGGGCUCGGCCACUGGCCCCCUCCCUGGGGCCAAGGUGGAACCCACUGUUCUGGACAGAAAUUGUCCAUCCCCAGUCCUGAUCGACUGCCCCCACCCAAACUGCAACAAGAAGUACAAGCACAUCAAUGGACUGAAGUACCACCAAGCUCACGCUCAUACAGAUGAUGACAGCAAGCCGGAAGCCGACGGCGACAGCGAGUACGGAGAGGAGCCCGGCCUCCACGCAGACCUUGGCAGCUGCAAUGGUGCCUCUGUCUCCCAGAAAGGAUCCUUGUCCCCUGCCCGCUCAGCUACCCCCAAAGUUCGGCUCAUAGAGCCUCAUAGCCCUUCCCCUUCCAGCAAAUUCAGCACAAAAGGCCUCUGUAAGAAAAAGUUGAGCGGGGAGGGAGACACAGACCUGGGCGCCUUGUCUAAUGAUGGCUCUGACGAUGGCCCCUCUGUAAUGGACGAAACAAGCAAUGAUGCCUUUGAGUCUUUGGAAAGGAAGUGUCUGGACAAAGAAAAAUGUAAAAAGCCCUCUAGUUUGAAACCUGAAAAGAUUCCUUCCAAGAGCUUAAAGUCAGCCCGGCCCAUUGCCCCUGCCAUCCCGCCCCAGCAAAUUUACACCUUCCAGACGGCCACCUUCACAGCAGCCAGCCCGGGGGCCUCCUCCGGCUUGACCACCACCGUGGUCCAGGCCAUGCCCAACAGUCCCCAGCUGAAGCCCAUUCAGCCCAAGCCCACGGUCAUGGGGGAGCCUUUCACCGUCAACCCUGCCCUGACGCCCGCCAAGGACAAGAAAAAGAAAGACAAAAAAAAGAAGGAGUCCUCGAAAGAACUUGAAAGCCCACUGACCCCUGGGAAGGUGUGUCGAGCAGAAGAAGGCAAAAGCCCCUACAGGGAGCCAUCGGGAGAUGGGAUUAAAAUGGAGGGGCUCCUAAAUGGCUCCUCAGACCCCCACCAGAGCCGCCUGGCCAGCAUCAAAGCUGAGGCGGACAAGAUCUACAGCUUCACGGACAAUGCCCCCAGCCCUUCAAUUGGAGGCAGCAGUCGCCUUGAUAGUGGGACCCCGACCCAGCCCCUGACACCCUUACAUGUGGUGACCCAGAAUGGAGCCGAAGCCAGCUCGGUGAAAACCAACAGCCCUGCCUACUCUGACAUCUCUGAUGCUGGGGAGGACGGGGAGGGCAAGAUGGACAAUGUCAAAUCCAAGGACCCUGAACAGCUGGUUAAGGAAGGGGCUAAGAAAACACUUUUUCCCCCUCAGCCACAGAGCAAAGACUCUCCAUAUUACCAAGGCUUCGAGAGUUACUACUCUCCAAGUUAUGCACAAUCCAGCCCUGGGGCUCUGAACUCUGGAAGCCAGGCAGGAGUAGAGAGCCAGGCCCUAAAGACAAAAAAGGAUGAGGAGCCUGAAAGCAUAGAGGGGAAAGUGAAGAGCGAUGCCUGCGAGGACAAAAAAUCGGAGCUGAGCAGCUCCAGUCAGCAGCCAUCUGUCAUCCAGCAGCGCCCCAACAUGUACAUGCAGUCCCUGUACUAUAACCAGUACGCCUAUGUGCCCCCAUACGGCUACAGCGAUCAGAGCUACCACACCCACCUCCUGAGCACUAGCACCGCCUACCGGCAGCAGUAUGAGGAGCAGCAGAAACGCCAGAACCUGGAGCAGCAGCAGCAGCAGCCGCGGGGACUGGACAAGAAGGCCGACUUGGGCCUGAAGGAGCGAGAGGCAGCACUCAAGGAGGAGUGGAAGCAAAAGCCGUCCAUCCCACCAACCCUCACCAAGGCCCCCAGCCUUACAGACCUGGUGAAGUCAGGACCCAGCAAGGCCAAAGAGCCAGGGGCUGACCCUGCUAAGUCAGUCAUCAUUCCCAAGUUAGAUGACUCUUCUAAACUCCCCAGCCAGGCCCCGGAAGGUCUUAAAGUGAAGCUCAGUGAAACAAGCCACCUAAGCAAGGAGUCCUCCGAAGCUAAGACAGGCACUGAGUGCGGUCGGCAGGCGGAGGUGGAUCCAAUACUCUGGUACCGACAGGAGACAGAGCCCCGGAUGUGGACAUACGUUUAUCCUGCCAAGUACUCAGACAUCAAGUCAGAGGAUGAGCGGUGGAAAGAGGAGCGGGACCGCAAAUUGAAGGAGGAGAGAAGUCGGAGUAAGGACUCUAUCCCCAAGGAAGAUGGGAAAGAAAGCACAAGUAGUGACUGCAAGCUGCCCACAUCUGAGGAGUCCCGCCUUGGGAGCAAGGAGCCCCGACCGAGUGUCCAUGUGCCUGUGUCCUCCCCCCUCACCCAGCACCAGUCCUACAUCCCCUACAUGCACGGCUACUCCUACAGCCAGUCCUACGACCCCAACCAUCCCAGCUACCGAGGCAUGCCUGCUGUGAUGAUGCAGAACUACCCAGGUUCCUAUUUGCCUUCCAGCUACUCUUUCUCCCCAUAUGGCAGCAAGGUCUCAGGUGGUGAAGAUGUGGACAAGGCUCGAGCCAGCCCCAGCGUCGGUUGUAAAUCCAGCUCCGAGUCCAAAGCCCUGGACAUCUUGCAGCAGCACGCCAGCCACUACAAGAGCAAGUCCCCGACGAUAAGUGAUAAAACGUCUCAGGAGCGAGAUCGGGGAGGCUGUGGGGUGGUUGGGGGUAGUGGCAGCUGCAGCAGCCUUGGAGGAUCAGGAGGGGGUGAUCGGAAUGUGGACCGGCCCCGCACCUCCCCCUCCCAGCGCCUCAUGUCCACGCAUCACCACCACCACCACUUGGGGUACUCACUGCUCCCAGCACAAUACAACCUACCGUAUGCAGCAGGGCUUUCUUCUACAGCCAUUGUUGCCAGCCAGCAAGGCUCAACUCCCUCCCUCUACCCACCUCCCAGGAGGUGAGAAUGACAACCAAGUGCCCGGAUUAAAGUCAGCAUCACAGGCCAGCCUGGCUCACCCAAGGAGGUGCUGGAGGUGCCAUUCAGACAUCAGUUAAAUGGUGUUGAUCAUCCUGUUUGCCGAUUCUACCAUGACUGAAGGCAGACCCUUGGCUAUCUUGCCUCUACCAGCCCCCCUGGACUCCCUGGUACUUGGCAAAAAAUAUUUAUUCUCUCAGCCACAAUCAUGACUGUUGUGGCCUCUGUGGAGAUGAAGGUUUGGGGAGCAACUAGGGGAAUAUGGCCUCAUCCCAGAGAAGUCACUGCUCUGUUCUCCAAGCCCCCGGUCUGCUGUCAGGGCACCAGCACCCCGCCCCAGCUCCAGGGGGAGCCCCUCCCCCCUCCCCCAAGCACUGGGUAAAGCCUGAAGACAGCACAGCGGCCAUAUCCCUCUGUCAUUAAUUAGCACCAUCACCAGAUUCUGCAUCGCCCCAGUGGCUCGGGCCCUGGGAACUGGCAGCGUGUUGGAGGAAUUAGAAUCUCAGGAAAGAAAUUGGGGGCCAUUUUCUCUCAUUGUGAAGACAAGGUCUUCAGCCAUGGAGACUUCGCCCUCUAACAUGAGCACAUUGAGCUCAGCACCUAGUCUGGAAAGGAAGACCAAGGCAUUUGCCCCACCACGGCCUUGCACUUCCUUUCGGGCCCAGGUCCGGGGUUCCAGCCCCAGCACAGGGCUCCCCAGGGGUGCUGCAAGUAAGCUGGAGCGGAGACACAAACGGAGUGUGUAAAACUGAACCUGCUUCCCCACAAGUCCUGCUGCUUCUGUCCUCCCGACUCCUUGCCCUCCCCCUCCCUCCUGACCCCUCGGUGCCUUCCUAGGGGCGCCCCCACACCGGCCUCACCUCUUCCUUCCCAGUGCUUGGCUCAAGACUCAGGCAGAAAAGAAUUCCCCGGAGCCUGCCAGGUCGCCGUAAGUCCUGGCUACGGGCAGGCUCCGGAGCCCCUGGCGUGCUCGGAGGCCUCCAGGCAUUCAGCCAUCCGAGCAGCUUCCUCAUUUAGGGCCAGAAAUGUCCACGGCCCAGUUCUUCUGUCUGGAAGUACGUGCUUUUAUGUACUUCAGCUCACAGCCUCCACAUGUGCCAAUUGUGUGUUUUUGUCACACACGUGAUUGUUUUAGGGGCCGUUGGUCAUGGGAGGUUGUUGUUCCCCAGACCCUUGGGUAACACAUCGAGCAUUACGUAUCGUUGGAUCCUAGAGCGGACUCGGUGGACCUACGCUUUCGAGACAGAAAGCCUUUCUGCCCCUCUGGGUCCGAGGUAGAUGGCUGUGUUCACGGGGACAGUGAUGAUUUGGUGGCUUUCUUGAAGUCACUUCCUCCUGAAGGAAAAAGCUUUAGCUCUUUACUUUCGUGUGUCAUCCCUUUGUUUUUCCCUCCCAUCUUUCCUUGACUCUCUGGAUUGCAAAAGAGAAAGAUGGACAAACACUAGCCUAGGCUCAGAAAGGUGUUUGUGAUCAGAGUGCCAAAAGUGAGCGUUCAAGAGCAGGAAGAGUGGCUCUUCUUUUGGCAAACGGGGAGGUGGGGAGCCAUAAGCACAGUGCCCAGUAGAGGGGGGUCUCCAGGCGCCGCUGGGGCCCUCCACACUCAUCAGCUUAGGAUCGCGUGUCCAAGAGGAGCCCUUACAGCCCGCAGCCCUUUCUUCCUUUAGUGUCCACGUUCUUGUUUUUGUUCAUUGGGCUCAGAGCCCCCCGCCCCCCAAUCCCCUUCUUUUCAGCCCGGUGGCAGGCAGGGCAGCGAGCAGCCUCCUUCCCCGUCAUCAUUCUUUCUGCCUCUUGUCAGCCAGCAGAUGAAAUGGCCAUUGGGCAGUGGUUUGGGCAGUUGACUUUCCGGUCACCCGUGGAAGCAGCUGGUGUGAACACAUUCACCCCACGUAACCCAAGGGUGACUGCCUCUCCGCCCAGUUCCGCCCUCCGCGCCCCUCCAGUGGAG